AUGGAAGACGAGUCGGAACCAGAUGUAGAUAUCGAACCAACGAAAAGCAAGAAGAUCAAAACUGUGAUAUUCAACCUGAACCGUCAACGUCAAGAGGCAUUGGAGACAGAGGAAGGUCCGGAGGAGAACGACCACCUAAAUACAGAAGAGGGUUACAACUCUAUGGUCACAGAUCUUGACCGAGCACAUUCGUUGGUCCAGAGUACUGGCAAAAUAUUACAAUGUAUCUCCUUAAAGGACGACGACGGAUACAUUACUAUCACGUCGCCGGGAGAACGUGGGUAUAUUCUAAUGAAAUUAGAAAUUUACCCAUUCAAAGAUUGUGUGAAAAUACCGAAAAAUCAGUAUUGA